UAAACAACAAAGGGAAACGUAAAUUAUUCGUUGUGUAUGGAGAACAAUUUUGAUCUACAAUAAUAAUCUAAUUUUAUUUAAUCAUCCCAUCGAUAGAUUAAAUUUUACGACAGUUUUGAUUGACUAAGUGAAUCGAGUAAUAAAUUGUGUGUUUUUCACGGAUUCUGCAAGCUCAAAUAAAAAUGACUGACUUCUGGAAGUCAAACGAUCGCAAAUAUUGCGAUUUUUGCCAAUGUUGGAUAGCUGACAAUAAACCAAGCAUUCAGUUCCACGAAAGCGGCCGCCGUCAUAAGCUCAAUGUCCAGAAGCGGCUUUCUGAUAUCAGCCGGAGUAGCCACAAGGCACAGAAGGAACAAAGCAAAAUUGAUGCCGAUUUGCGUAAAAUGAAUGACGCAGCUAUGAAGGCUUACAUGCAAGAUAUUUCCGCGGGGGCAGAUAUAAGUUCUCGGGCAUUGGCGGAGCAGCAGAAAGCAGAAGCCGCUGCAGCGGCAGCUGCUGUUCUGGAGACGGGCGAUGCUGUGGCCGGACCGAGCGUGGGAGCACGCGUUCCAAAUAAGAAGGUUGGUCGGGAGGCUGAUCCGUUCUAUAUUCCUGGGGAUUUUAGUGAUGAUGAAAUGUUCCCACCGAGCAAAAAGACCGCGGCGGCAAUAGCCGAAGCCGCUAAGCAGAAACGCUUGGAGGAGAUCAGUAAGAUGGGCCAUGGGUCUAUGUGGGUGGAGGCGGUAUCAGACGAAGGGUACACAUAUUAUUGGAAUAUUAAAACCAAUAAAUCGGUUUGGGAACCUCCUAAGGAAGGUUUUAUGAAGAAGGAAGAGUACAAGAAAAUCAAUGAUAUUGUAGUACAGAAGCAGGAAGAAGUGUUGAAGCAGGAGGUGAAGUACGAGGUGGAAAACGCUGAAGAGAUUGCGGCUAAGCUUAAAAGAGAGCAAAUGCGGAAACUUUAUGAAAAUAAUAGGAAGGUGAAGGAAGAAAUUGAAACGAUGGCAGAUUCGAAGAAACAACGAUUGGAAGAGGAAGCUAUCUUGGAUGCAGCUGCUGGACCCUACGGAAGAUGGCAAGAAGUGGAACACAGGGAAGUGAAACCUGUCGAUUUGGAGCUACCAGUUGUACCCGAGCCUCUGUAUGUGCCGAGCGUGGCUCCGGAGGUACCAGUACGGAAGUUCAAAGAAAAAAUAGUGGAGUAUAUACCUGCGGAUGCAAAGAGUUCACUAAAUGAUACUUUCUUUAAAAAGCGGAAAGUCACGCGGAAUGCACGACAAAGAUUAGACGACGAUUGAAUAAAUAACUGAAAACGAGAA